AUGGUUCAUGUCUGUUAUGCAAUUAAAGAUUGCAGUACAGUUCUAUCUGGAACAACCAAAGAUUUCCUGGAAUUUCGGAUAUGGCAGUCAGAAAGUUUCUACGGAUCUGUUUCAUCCCUGAGGUUGGGAGAACCUCAAAUACAGAAAAAUGCUUUUCAGCAUAAACCAGUCUCUGAGCUGAUUGAGCUGCUAAAUGUCUCUCCUGAGGACCUCAUGAGCACUCCAGUGAAAAGUUUAUGGGGAGAAUAUAUGAAAGUAACUUCAAUUCUGAGAGACAUAGUGGAACAACUGCACUUGGGCCAUGAUGAAGUAAAAGAAAUGCUGACUGCAAAAUUGGAAGAAUUUUCACCAGUCCCCAUGGUUCAGCUGGAGAAAUGUACAGAUAAUACUGCGUUAAUUAAUGCAAAUAAAGUUUCUAUUGAAAUGUACCCUGAAAACAAAGAGGCAACAUAUUCCAGUACACAUGAAAGCAUAAGUAUGGGAUAUAAAACAUUAACUUUACAAUCACAAAAUUUACCAACCAUUUCCCACAAGGCCUCCAUUGAUUCUGUGGAUGGCUACAACACCAUGAUGAAAGCUUACCAAGAUGACAGUGAUCCUCUCAGCAACUUCAUCAUGCUUCGGUCCAAGCAGGUUUCAGCACCUGAUUGUCAGACAAAAAGUGACAAUGAAAAUCCGACAUAUCCUGUCAAUGAAAGUAUUAACAAAACUGAAGUGAGCAGUAAAUUGCAAAUGCCAAAAAUAGUUUCCGUGCAGGAAAAUGACCAACAAGAUCAAAACAGAACUUUAAUCAAUAUUGAAGCAUCAGAAAGCCAGCGUCAAGCAUACUAUUUGUUGGAGUCCACAGCAAUCCCUGUUCUCAAACAGUUGAAGGGCUUUGCUAUUCAUAUAUCUGCAGAAACAUUUACUACACUUUCUUUUGACCACACUAGGUUUUUCCUAAAGCAUCAAGAGAAGGUAGUGAGUGAUAGUGCUAAACAAGGCAAGCAUGAUGAAAUUGAAAUUCAAUUAUACAAGCACGCAGCGCUGCUUCAUCUAUUGGUGACGGUUCGAGAUCUUCUGUUGAUGUGUGACCUUGAUACUGCUAUCGCAUACUUAUUCAAAACCAAGGAUAUUUAUGUAACCACUUUGGGUUCAUGUUUAGAUGAUGUUUGGAAAAAGCUUCGAAUUGUUCAGUAUGUCAGUCAGAGUAAACAAGAAAGCAAUCCCAAAGUAACUGAACUUGAGGAUCAGAUUUUAAUGUGGAUACAAAAUACUCACAUAAGGGAACAGAAGGUAUUAAUCAUCAUCAGGAUGGAUUCAGAUUGUGUUAGAGGUACACUUAUAAACAGCCUCACCAAAGUAAAAGAUUUCAGUCCAGCUGCAGCUUAUCCAAAGAAAAAUGUGACUUUAAGUCGAGAGGAAGUUUUAAACUGCCUGGAAAGACAUAGAAGUUUGGUUGUCUACAGUCAUCACAUCGGAGCAGAUUUCCCUUGGAUUGAGUUCUCUUUGGUGGUCGAAUACGAUUACAUGGAGAAUUCGUGCUGGGCUGAACUCUGCACACAGCAUAAUAUAAAUUAUAUGAUCUUUAAAAUCAGACUUCCAAAAGGUUCAGAAACAGGAGAUAUGCUAACAAUUAAGUCUGAGUUUCUGUUGAUGGAGCUGCAGAUUCCAUACAUUUUUUUGAUGUCUGAAGGCUUGUUGAAUAUUCCAAUUAUGCUUCAACUUCUAGAAUCAAGGUACAAUAUAACUCUUUUGGAGAGAACCAGUAACGAGAUGCUAGGCUCAUUUGGAGGUGCAGAUCACUAUGCCAUUAUUACAGUUGAUGAACGCACUGCUAUAAUAAUCCAGGUUGUACUUGCACCAGGAAUUACAGAGACAACGCAAGUAGUUCGCCAAAUAGCAGAUAUCACCUUGCUUUCAAGCAAUCAGGAUCCAUUCACAUGGCUUGACAGAUCUUGGCUUUCUACUCUUCCAACUGAGGAUGAAAAGCAGCUACUUGAUUUUCCCAGUUUAAAUUCAUUGGUUGCCCAAUUAAUGCUCAGAAAAUCUCCAUCAAUGGAGUGGCUUCUGUCAGCGACUUUUAAUGAAUUGCAGGAAAUCCUUCCUGAGGUUCCAGGAAAAGCUCUGAAGCUUUUCAGUGAGAUCACUGCAUUGCACAGGCUUGGCUCAUCACAAGAAUCAAGAAAAUCACAAAAGGAAUCACCUUCUGACAAAGUUGUGUUAAGUUUUACACCAUCUAUGUCUGGAAUGGUUGAUCAUCAGCUUCACUCAGGUUAUGAUAUACUAAAGAACGUUCACUCAGAGAGACCUGAAGAAUCAGAAGGUUUGGAAAUGAUUAAUACUUGUGAACCAAGGGAUCUAUGGGAGACUGGGAAUGUGUUCUCCAAGACUCAAAUUCAGAAUUUCAGACCAAUCUUUCAAUCCAGGCCUGCUAUCCUUUCACCUUGCUAUCAGUUGAAGAAUCACUUGCAUUCAAAAGUGAAGCAAAUGACAGAUCAUAAGAAAAAUGGUCUACCUCAGAAUUUUGAAAGUUCGGAUUACAGUGUUGAAGUGCAGUGUCAGGGCAGAACAGGCUCUGGAUGCACUGUCCCAUUUGUAAAUUCUCAUCAAGUAGAACAUAAAUUAUUUGAUCAUCCGAGUCAUCUAGCCUUAAAGAAAAACUCAGAUCUUGGGGAGCCUGACAUUUAUUUUGAAAAGAGCACAAUGUCUUCUCUGGACAAGUUUUCCAUGGGUGAGCACAUAUACACUGCAGAACAUAAGUAUCAAAAAAAAGCAAAAGAAAGGCUGGGUGUAAAAUCAAGCAGCAGUGCACAGUAUGGCUUCGUUCCUCAGCAUGACAUUAGUGUACUUCACUAUGGGUUGAAAGAUGAGGCCAGUGACAUUACAGCAAUGCAGAAUGUCAAGAAUCAUCACCACAUGUCUCCUUAUCAAGCUUACCCAGUCUUAUCUGGAAAACAUUUGGAUAAUUCAUUUUACCAACUGAGUGAACCAUUCUGUCACCAACAUAAUAAAGCUAUUGGAGAAAAUCAUGAACAAAUGCUGUAUGUUAAUCCUAAUUUUUCAGUUUAUAACUCAGAGAUUGAGUAUUCGGAUACAGACAAGUCUGAAAUUUGUAACAGUACCUAUUUUCCUUCUAAAACAACUGAUUUUUGCAAUGGAAUUGUAGAAGGGCAGGCCUUCAAUUAUGAAUUAUUUCAGAGAAAAGGAAACAAGAGGCAAUGUACCGAGACUAAAGUGAAUGAGUGGAGAAGUUCACCUGCAUCAUGUAUAGAAGAAUAUUUACCUGAUACAGCAACAUUUUAUACCUAUUCAGCAACUUCACCAGAACCAAGAUACAAAAUUUUACCAGAAGCAAAGAAACGACGACUCGCCUACGAAAAGGUUCCUGGAAGAAUUGAUGGGCAGACCCGCCUCGUAUUCUUUUGAAACAGUUUGAGAGUUAUUCAGUUUUUCUUCAAAAUUCUUUUUUCCUCAAUAGUUAUACUGUAUGAAGUUAAAUAUUAACAGAUCUAACUAGCCCAAUGUAUUCUAUUGUGUAUUAAGCAUUAAAAUAAUAUGAAUACUGAAUUAUUUUAAGGUAAUUAUCAUUGACAUUCAUGGUAUUGGUUGGAGAUCCAAUUUAACUUUCUGCUUUACCAUUUUGAAGUUGAGCAAAUGAAAUGCUCAGCAAUGGUCACAAGGAAUGUUAACAUUUAUGAAUUAUUGCUGCUAUUGUUCCUUAGCCAUUGAGUAGGUACACUCAAUGUAAAGUUCAUUCCAAUGUAGUUUUCUUUCGGCAUUCUAAUAUUGAAAGAAAAUUUCAUUCAAAACAACUUUCCUUAUUACUCAGUUUCUAUAUAAGUAAGAUAACCUGCAAGGUUAAAGAUAUUGUUAAGAAUAUCAAUCAAAGGGAUUGCUUGAAAAUUACAAACUUGGCCCUGAUUCAUUCAGAUCACAAAACUACACACCCAAUGCACCAUGAAGCUAAUUUGUUAUUGUUUUGAAUAUAUUUUGUUUUGCCUAGGAAUUAGAGAUAUAAUUUUUACUUGAGAAUUUGCAAAAUACUGUCAAGGCUGGAGAUUUUAAAUAUAAUGUAGUAAACACUCAACAGGUCAGGCAGCAUCUGUACAGCAAGGAAUAUAUGGUUGAGAUUUCAGAUUGAUCACUCUUAUCAGAAUACUUUCAAGUGGGGUCAAACCAAAACAUUAAUCUAAUCUAUUUCUGUUCACAGAUCAUGCUGAAUCUGCUGGAUGUUUUAUUAUUGGGAUUAUAGUGUGGCAUCAUUCAUAGAGUUAUACAGCACAGAAACAGACCCUCUGGCCCAGCUUGUCUGUGCAGACCAGA